AUGGGACACCACCCUCCAGAAGUUUGCUGGAAACCUGGGGUGGACACACCAGACGCAAUAGAGGUCUGCAGAUCUACCCACACUAGAUCAUCCCCAGAUUUAUCCACUCGCGAAUCUCAAUCCAGGCCCUCAAAUGAUACUGGAUCUGCAAGUGAAGCACCACGGGAACCUCGAAAAUUUCUGGUCCAACCAGUGGAAACCUCGUCGAGAAGCUCUAAGACACAAGCUCCACCCCCGGAGCAGAUUGCCACAGUCAAGAUCGAAACGACCAAGACCAGCAAUAGAAGGGCCUAUUCUGCCUCCGAAGUCCAAGAGCAGAACUCCUCGUCUCAUACCAAGACAUCGCCGGCACCGAGACGAUUCAAACCCGACCUCAUAGAAACCGAUACCCGCUCAGUUCGAAGAGGACAAUUGAUUCGACUUUCACAGCGGCACAAUGCCGUGGGACAUUCCGCCACUUUCACAGACAUCAACAAAGGCACUAGUCACUGGCCGGACAACCAUCCGUCAUCUGAAUCGAAAUUCUCAUAUUCCAGUCUUCUGCGUCAACAACAGGCCCGCAGACACUCAUUUCGAAUCCCUGAACUCCCAUCAAUUCCCUCUAAUAGCAGCGAAGAGUCGGAUGACUCCAGAUCGCACUCGGAAUGCACUUCACUGCCUGGGUCGUCCGGGAAAGCAACUAAGUAUGAAGACGAUACCAAGCUACCCCUUGAAAGCUGCGACAAGGAGCUCUCAGAAUAUCUGCUCUCAAUUGCUGCCCGGUCCGCGCAGAUGCAGUUGAAAGAUCAAACCUUGGCUGCUUUUCCUAAUGAACAGGUGUAUGAGCCUGUUGAUCAUUUUGGCAUUGAUUAUGACCGAGAUUCUGAAGAGGAUGUAUCCCCCUUGAAAUAUCAUCAUGUCAAGUCUCGACGACAAUCUUCGGCAGAUUUGUCCUGGGAGCUUGAAUACAUGCGUCAUCACAAAGAGGAGGCUGAAAUGAGACUCCGGGCCAUGAUCACUUCUGGACAACCAGGUUUGCCUCCAGAGCAUAAGAAGAAUGGCCGCAGCCCGCCGAUGCUUGGAAACGACAUUGUCAUACCCCAAAGCCUGUCACCAGAAGGAACCAUAUGUGAACAUUCUAACAUGGAUAUCCUGUCUCAUGGUGCGCAAGAGCUGUGCACCGGCUGUGACGGUCUGUGGUGCGCAGCUCCCUGUCAUGAUGGUUCAAAGGGCACUGGUUUGUGGAUGGGUACUUGUUCCAAAGACGAGGAUCGGCCGCGGCAGGUCCAUGGCCUUUUCCCCGGUAUCAAAACCCCUAUGCCUCGCAUUGAUUCAAUGGGUUCCAGCAAGGGACUUAGUCCGUCACCGUCACACACCCAUUUGGAUCGUCUUGCAGCGUCCCCGGGGAACAAUGGCCUUCGAAAACCCACAAGCCCAAUCCUCCAGAAGGUCAUUGAGUCUGAGUUUCAUGAUGGGUUCGUGACACAGAUCUACAAUUACCUGUCAUUGGGGUACCCGUGCAUUGCGCAGUACUACGACCACGAGCUCAGUCGAAUAUCUGGCAUCUCCGUUGAAGAUCUUCGUCGUGAUGAUUUGAACACCGAUGCCAAGGGCUACGUUGUUGCACCGGAAAAUGAUAAAAUUGCCGAUGCAUGUGCUCGUUGGAAAGCCCUCCGCCUCUAUAUUCAGGAAUGGGCUCGACAAGAGCCAGGUAUGGCUGAAGAUGAAACCAACCUUGACAGCUGGGGACUGCCAGAGCGUAAAGGCAGUUGGGGAAUUUGA